CGACACCGUAUACCGCAAUACGAUGCAGAGCGAAAAUCGUCCGCUCUCUCACUCUGGCUUGGCAGGCCGUGAUCAAGGAUGAAGAUGGCGAAAGAUCUCGAGUACUGCGACGAAGAAGAUAUACUUGCUGAUGAAAUUAACGAGGAACGGGAUCCUAAUUUUGUGGAGGAAAGAUUUCGCGUAGAUCGCCGUAAACUGGAGCAAAUGCUUCAAGCUGCCGUGGAGGGAUGUGGGCAAACAGGCGAGGAGUUCUUUCAGAAGAUUAUGGAGGAAACAGCGACAACCAUAACAUGGCCCUCUAAACUCAAGAUCGGAGCAAAAUCCAAGAAAGAUCCACAUAUUAAGGUAGAAGGCCUGCCUGAUUCUGUACGACUAGCAAAAGAGAAAGUCAUGGCAGUCUUGGAUACAAAGUCGAGCAGGGUGACACUUAAAAUGGAUGUAUCUCAUACUGACCAUUCACAUAUUAUUGGCAAAGGAGGAGGGAACAUCAGGCGAGUUAUGCAGGAUACUGGAUGCCAUAUUCACUUUCCUGAUUCAAACAGAGGAACAACAAAUGAAAAGAGCAAUCAAGUUUCAAUUGCUGGUCAACCCUUAGAUGUGGAAAGUGCACGACAACAGAUCAGGGAUUUGCUGCCCUUGGUUCUGACAUUUGAAUUACCACUGAGUGGAAGACUACCAACAGAUGCCAGUUCACCAACUAUCCAGCAUAUAGCUCAAACUUGCAAUGUCACCAUUACUUUUAAACAGAGACCAAGAGCUGGUAGUCAAACAGCAAUAAUUAGGGGAUCUCAGCAGUAUAUUGCUGGUAUAAAGGAUGCCAUUGCCCAAUUGGUGGCACAUUUGACAGCAAAAAUUGCUACUUCAGUUCCAGUGAACAUGCAGAUAGACAUUGCACCUCAGCAUCACUUAUUUAUAAUAGGAAGAAAUGGAAUAAACAUCAAACAAAUCAUGCAGAGGACUGGAGCAAACAUUUCUUUUCCUGAUCCAAAUGGAACACAAAGAAAAGGCACAGUAUUUAUUACUGGAACAGUGGACUCUGUUAUUCAUGCAAGAGCUCAGCUUAUUAAUUGCCUUCCCCUGGUAUUAAUGUUUGACCUACGAGAGGAAGAUGGAGAUGCUGAUAUACUUGCAGCAAAGUUAAGCAAAAUAAUGGAAGCAUAUGAUGUGUUUGUCAGUGUAAAACCAAAACCCAAGCAACCCAGUAAGUCGGUGAUUGUGAAGAGUGCAGAGAAAAAUGUUCAAAGCAUGUACCUUGCAAGGCUUGAGAUACUUGGGCUGGAUGGAAAUGAAAAUCUUGCUGUGUCAUCAGCAUUUUCAACAUCAAGCUUGGUUAAUCAUCGUAUCCCAUCACCUGACAAUCUCACAAGAAAUUACUUUAGCAUGCUCAACCUGAGCUCAUCUCCACCUGGCUACAUCCACAGUCACAUGAAUGGACACACCAGUCCUGUUUUAAGUCCAGUGGAUCCAACCUCUAACACAUGGUUUACAACAACUAUGUCCCCAACAUCACCUACCAUCUCAAACAUGAUUGGUGGCCUUGUGACAUCACCAAUGCACCCACUUAUAAACUGUUCAACAACUUAUCCAACAAAUCCACCCCCUCCCCCUGGAUUAGGCCCCCCUGUGACAGUGGCAUCUAUCGCAAAUAAUGUUCCAAGUGGUUAUCUUAUAAAUUAUUCAGGAUCUACACCUGGCUCAGAUGGAUAUAUCACCAGCAUGAGUACAGGUCCAGCACAAAGCCAUAUUGGUAAAUCUCAAAGUCAGUUUAGUCAAAGAACUGGUAGCCCUCAUGGUCAGAGAACGCCAAGCCCUAUUGGAACCAUAAGUCAAGGUCCUGACAAGCAACAAAGAACUUGUAGUCCUGUUGACAGACAGAGUUUAAGUGGAAGUCCAAUUAGGCGUAGCUCGUCAGGAAGUUUGAGCCCCAGGAGUCCGACAUGUGAGAGCCCAAUGACAGUUGAAGAUGAUGCAAAUCACCACAGUAUGGCCAGCGGAAAUGACCUAACUGACUCUAUCCCAUAUCGUGACGCUAAGACACAUGGUAGCAGCGGCGGAAACUUAAACCCUGUCGGUUCGUCCGCGAGUCAUGGUUCUAAAAGACAGACAGUUCAAAUAUUGUCCGGUACAAAGAAUGUGAAUUUUCGUGCAAGUACCUCAAGUUUGAACUCGGACCCGAGUGAAUCUGAUGACAGCCUGAGUUCAUCUUUUAUGCUCUUACAGAGGAUUCCACCGAAUGCUCCAACUCAGCCAGCGGAUAAAUACCAUAAUAUGAAGUCCAUGGCGACGAUAGCCAUGCAAAAGAAGGUUGUCGUUAACGAAGUGAGAACACCAACGAACACAUGGAGUGGUCUUGGAUUCUCGAAAUCAAUGCCAGAAUCAGCAAUUAAAGAAUUGCUGGAUUUCAGGGCCCAUAACAAAGGGAAUUUGUUACCCUACAAUGGAUCCUUUGAUGGCAGGUUUGAGUCUGCCAAUCCGUCGUCACUAUUUAGCUCAGGUCCUAGAGAAUCUCGGAGCAGAAGUGGCUUUGAGUCUUCACUCAGACCGGAACGCGUUGAAGAGGAAGAAUUACCGGCUGAAAGUAUCAGUGCCGGAGCAAUUGGUUCCAGAAGAAAUAGUUGUUCAGCGACAUCUCCUUGCUCAGAUCUUCGGGAUCUGUUUGAAAAAGUUGGCCUUGGAAAGUAUUUGAGUAUCUUCCAAGAGCAAGAGGUUGACUUGCCAACUUUCAUGACUCUGACCGAGGAAGAUCUCAAGGAACUGGGUAUCAGCGCGUUUGGCGCCAGGAAGAAAAUGCUUCUAACGAUCCAAGAUUUAAAGAAGAACCCAAACCUUGAAACAAACCAACCGAGCCCAGUCCACUCGGAGCGCCUCGAAUCGUCACGAAGCCUUUUUUCAGACAACAACUUCAAUCCUCUCCCGUUCUGCAGACGUCAUCCUAUUGGCAUCGCAAGCAAAAGUGGAAAGUGGUGACCUUUUUAAAGCCUUACUAAAUUAACUUAUGCAGGUUAUAAAUAAGAGUUAGUUCUUAAUCCUAUUGGCUUACGUUGUUGGAGUAGUUUUUUCCUUGACUUUCUGCGGGUGUUAUUUCUGACAUUUGAAAAAACAAAAACAAAAGCAAGAACAAAAACAAACAAACAAACAAAAAAAAAGCGCGGGAAAAGAGCAAGCAGAAAAUUCUCUUUCAAUUUUGCUACUUAGUGCCCGUGAUGAAAUUAUUGUUUAUCUGAUUGGUUGGGACAAGCUGUGUGAGGUCCUUGAAGAAGCAGAUUCACAGCUAGGCCAAACGUAACUGCCAAUACUUUAAUAAGCCAAUCACAAGCUGAAGCCAGCGCAGGCAACCGACAGCAAGCACGGGAAACAUGACGUCAACCAACUCAUAAUUGGUUUUGGCUUCUCACCUGGUUGGCUGAGAAUAAAGCAUGUGCACUCUGAUUGGUCAGAGCGUGUUGCAGCAUGCGUAAAAUCACAGGAAGUCAAUAGAAGACCGCUGUUUACUAAUUGCGAUCUACCCACAAAGGAGACCUAGUCAAUUAUAUUAAAAACAGCUAGCAAAUAAUCUCGGUCGGGUUUUCAAAACGCCAACUGUUUCAGAAGUUGUACAUAAUGUAGACAGGAGAAUGUUGGGAGCAAAUCCAACAUUCAUUUUACAUCUAAUUUAUAGUUUAAUUUGGAUAUUUUCACGAGACGGGAAAUUGAACUUAACUGAACUGAGCUUAACCCCGUAAGCAACUUUUAAAAAAAGAGUCCCUUACAUCUCUUGAAAUGUGCCACCCUUCAGCCUGCGUGAGUGGUUGACGGGAUAAUUGUUUUGGCGGGGAAGACGAGAUGUAAAGCCGCGAUGGGAUUGGUGAAGGGUCGAGUUGAAUUCCACUCGAGUUGAUUUCACCCGGGCUUCGACGCUCGCGAAUUCCCGAGAGCUAGAAUAAAAUGAAGGUUCCGCCACCAAAACUCACUCACUCACAAAUCCCACCAGGUACGCAGGCUAGCCACCCCCUUAAUUCGUUAAAAGUGUCAGUAAAUUAAAAAAAAGAGAGACUGUGAAAGAAUCGAGAACUUUUGAGAAGGUUUUGGGAAUCACAGUCGAAAGUUAUCAUAGUUUUUAUAGAAAUAGGAGCUAGCGAAAAUAGACGAAUCUGGUCAAGUGAAACUUGGCACAAAAACCAGCUGAGAGGAAAUACAAAGCAAAAUAAAGGAUACGAUGUCUUAAGUGAUGAAAAAAGAAUAUGAAAUUAUAUGCUAGGAGUGAUUUUAAGUUUCAUUUCCCGUCUCUGUUUUCUCCCUUAUAUUAUGAAAAGGUUUCGUAGAUAUACUUGCAAGGAACAAAGCGUUUUAAAUAUAUUGGAAAAAAAAAAAGAUAUAAUUUAACUAUCCUCGGGCAUGUGUUUGAUGCUCAUUAAUUUUAUAGAAGUUUGCGAGACUUUUUAUACAGAGGAGGAGCGAAUUCCAAGGAAUUUUAACACCAUUUUUCGAUAGUGCAGCAAAUAAAAGUCGGUUUCACCCAUGUCUUUCCGCAUGGUUUUCUCACCAUUCAAACGAAUAUUCAUCAAUUCAGUAUAUGUUUGACGGAGACAGAGUAACUGUUGCUAUGACACAAUUCAACAAGAAAACCGCUGGAUCAAAUUGGACUUUCGAGCGUGACGGUAUACCUGCGUGACACACUGCUGUACAUCUUUCAUAGCGUGACACAAAACGUUUACAGCACCCUACACCAUUCGUGUCGUUUCCUAGCUAAGGAUAGCAAACACGUGUAACUGGGACUACUUAAAGUUCGCUUUCGUGAAGGUUAAACUGUAACAUAUUAUAACGCAACGCGUAAGGUUUUCCGAUAAUAUUAAUCCUAAAAGUUAGUUUUGAAAUCUUAUUUUUUUAGCGCAUUUAUUUCUGUUUUCCUAGAACAAUUUGUUGGCAAAUUCUAAAGCAUCUUGUCAAGGGCAGCAAGUUUUCGAGUUAUUUUGUUUAUAACACUUGACAAGUUUAGAAAAAUAGAAUCACCCUGUUAAGUAAAUAUGGCUUUAAGCUAAUAUGAGUUUUGCAGUUACUUUUCUAUCAUCGCAAAAAUGGUAUUUUCCUUAUCAACAAGUUAUCGUCAAAAUGCAUUAAAAAAAAAAAACAAAACAAAAAAAACUUUAAAAAACGUGGGAAGACAAGGUGAUAUUAAAUGUGACAGAACUACCGCUGCGUCAUACGCGAAAACAAUUUCCAAAACAAUUUAAAAGUUUAGUAUAGUUUAUUAACUUUUUUACACAAGUGAACUGAUUUUACAGACUUGCAUGUUUAAACUAGUGCAUGUAAAUGAAUUAUAUUUAACAGACUAUCGGCGGGCGAUAUGUUGCUUCUCUGGGAAUGUUUGGAGUGUGCACAAUGCAUGCCAUCCUACGUUUAAAGACUGCAAAGAUGAGUAAAAAUCUCCAUUUUCAGACAUUUGGACAACAGUCCUCUUUGUGGAAAAAUCCGUCAUUUUGUAAAUGUGGCAAACGUUUCGCAAAACAGAGUUUUCAAGAAUAUCCACCUCAAAUAACUUUCAUAAAAUUGAAGUUCUCCGUUCUUCUUGACUUAUAAACUUAGCAUAAUAGGAGAUAUCUGAGGAUUUAGAUUGUCUUUUCGCCGUAAAAUAUUUGCAAUGACGCAGAAAUUCAAUUCUACUAAAGUUAUUGCACAUCACCGAAUUCCCAUGCAAACUCUAUUUCGCUAGACGUUUGUCCACGUUCAGAAUAGCGGAUUUUCCCGCGAAAAGGUCUUUCUACCAAGCACCCACGAAAAAAGAUUGUCUCCUACAACACUUGGAACGUUUUCAGAGAAGUGUACCGUGGCCACCAUUAAUAUGAAUUGACGACUGACUAGAAUCGACUUUGAUUUAAUACUGAAUAUUGAAGACACGCCUGUCAAUUGUAGAAUAAAAUGAAACGUUAAAAAAUCAAGUAACACUGAAAGUGUGGCAUCGUUCUAAAUUAUUUUUACAGGCCACAGUGCUCGCGGUUUAUUUUUAAAAGGAAGAUUUCAAUUAUUUGUUAACAAGUGUAUCUCGAAGUGAAAGAAUAAUUAACAAGCAGAAUUUCAUUUCAUUUGAUGGCACUUCCUUGACUAAUUAACCCAUUCAGCCCUGAAUGGAACGUAACUUUUCUUUCUGCUAGUUUCGUAUCUCUUAUAGAGAAACUCGCAGAAGCUUGUCAUAUUUAAAAUGAGUAUCUGACUCGUAAUUCUCACAAUCACUUUGCUUGAAUUUGUAUUGAUAUUGUUAAGAGAAUCUCGAUUAAAAACAGCAUUGGGGCUGGAAGGGUUAAGAACUGGAAUCAAGGCUGUUUCCCUGUUGUAGAGGGCAAACAAUUUAUACAAUUUAAAAAUAUACUUUGAGAAGUAACUUGCUUGAUGGUCCGAACGAAACAUAGCUCAAGAUGGAAUAGAAUAAAUAUUUUUGAAAGAGGAA